GGCCCGGCCUGCUGCCCCUGCCCAUGGUGCCCGCGCGCCUCCCCGCGCCGGCCACCGCCGCCGGCACCACCGGCAGCAGCGAGGUCAUCACCAGCCUGGUGGCCAACUCCUCCCCGGCUUCCAGCACCAAAACACCUUGCAUUUCCAAGACUGAAAAUCAGCCUCAAGGACUUGCAACAAGCGUCAGGUGGGGACAGACACCCAUCAAUCAGUCCACGCCCUGGGACACUGAUGAGCCUCCGUCUAAACAGAUGAGGGAAAAUGAAAACCCAGGUGCAGCGCCCUGGGUCACCACGGUGGCGGCGGGCAGCCAGCCCGCCCUCAUCACGCACUCCUACGGGAUGGCACAGCCGCCCACCUUCAGCCCGGCCGCCAACGUCCAGGCCCCCGUCAUCGGCGUGACACCCUCCCUGCCGCCGCACGUCACCCCCCAGCUCCCGCUGAUGCCGGGCCACUACCAGCUCCAGCCGCAGCCCUCCCAGCCCCUCAGCAGCAUGGUGGUCAACCUGCAGAGCCAGCCCUUGUACACCAACAGCCAGCCCCUCAGCAUGUCCUCCAUGAGCGGCGUGGGCCCGGUGGCGCACCCAGGCCCCGCGGCGGUGGGCAAUGGCCACCUGGCCUGCCCCAUGCUGAGCUGA